CAGGGAGGAGAGGGCAGAGGGAGGGACAGACGAGCGAUGGCUGCCGGAGGAGCAGGAUGCGGGGAUACGGUAGAGGAAUAUCGGGCCGAGGUGGAGCGCCUGACCCGGGAGCUGGCGGAGGCCAACCGCGAGAAGAUCCGGGCGGCGGAGUGCGGACUGGCGGUUCUGGAGGAGAACCAGAGCCUGAAGCAGCAGUACGCCGACCUGGAGGCCGAGCAGGAGGCGCUAAGGCUGGAGCUGGAGCAGCUGCAGGAGGCAUUCGGGCAGGCAUACUCCACCCAGCGUAAGGUCGCAGAGGAUGGGGAGAACAAUGAGGAGACACUGUUGCAGGAGUCUGCCACCAAGGAGGCCUACUUUAGGGGCCGUCUCCUGGAGCUCCAGUUGGAACUGAAUCACAGUCGAGUGGCUGCCUCCAGCGCACAGGCUGACAGUGAGCACCUGAGCAGCGUGCUGCAGGACCUCAGGGAGCAGAGCAAUGAGAUGUUGGAGCUACAGCGGACCCGAAUGCGAGAGGAGAUCAGAGAGUACAAAUUCAGAGAGUCACGGCUUCUCCAGGACUACACCGAGCUGGAGGAGGAGAACAUCUCUCUGCAGAAACUGGUGUCAGCCCUUAAACAGAGUCAGGUGGAGUAUGAAGGCCUGAAACAUGAGAUCAAAGUUCUGGAGGAGGAGACAGAGCUGCUGAACAGCCAGUUACAGGAUGCACUGCGUCUGAAGGACAUCUCAGACGCCCAGCUGGAGGAGGCGCUGGAGUCUCUGAAGAGUGAGCGCGAGCAGAAGAACCACCUGCGAAGAGAGCUUGUGCACCACCUCAGCAUGUGUGAUGUGGCCUACACUGGAAGUGCAAAUCUAAUAUUCUCCUCAGCACCGCCCAGUGGAACUGCUACCCCAACUACUCUGCUCUCCCCAAACACAGAGGAGCCAACAAGAUGUAACGGUCACCUUCAGAGUGGCUCAGGACCAGUGACGGCUGUGGGCUCAGCGCUCAGGGCUAACGGAGAGUGCAGAAGGCAGUGUCUGAAAACUGAGGGGGCCGCCACAUCAGACCUCCUUACUGAGAUGAACCUGACAGAGAUUCAGAAGCUCAAGCAGCAGCUGAUAGCGGUUGAACGUGAGAAAGCAGCACUGAUGACGAGCCUGCAGGAGUCCCAGACUCAGCUGCAGCACACCCAGGGGGCCCUGACCGAGCAGCACGAGAAGACCCUCCGCCUGAGCCAGAAAGUCUCGGCUCUCCGCUGUCUUCAUCGAAGGGUCAGCCAGGAGGCUUGUAGCAGUCCCACCUCUCAACUCAACUGUGAAAGUCUGCUGGUGCUGGAUAGAGACGAUGAGGCUGAGGAGGAAGGAGAAACUGCAGAGGAGAAGAGUAAAAGUCUGGUAUUUUCAUACCAAACACCCAGUCUGGAGAUCUUGCAGUGCAAGUACCGUGUGGCUGUGACAGAGGUGGUGGAGCUCAAGGCAGAGUUAAAAGUGCUCCAUGAGAAGCUUGCUCAGUGUGUGGAGGGAGCAGUGGAGGAGAAGCCAAGGCAAAGCAGUCAGCUCCAGAAGCUGGAGAGACAGGUUGCCUCUCUGGAAAAGAACUGCCGGGAGGGACGGGAUAAGAUUUGUAGCCUGGAGUUUGAAUUGCAGGCUGUUCAGUCAGCAGCCAAUGAGAGCCAAGGGGCAUUGAACGCAGCUCAGGAUGAGCUGGUAACCCUGAGUGAGGAGCUUGCCCAGCUCUACCACCAUGUCUGCCUGUGCAACGAUGAGACGCCCAACCGUGUCAUGCUGGAUUACUACAGACAAGGCAGGGGCCUCAGGGGCCUUAGUUCUAGUCUCAAAGCCAUGUGUACAGACAACAGCAAAGUUCUUCUCACACCACGCCUAGCCAGACGGCUCGCUGCUGUUGCUUCAACAACCUCAACUCCAGGGGAGUCAUGGACGCCCUCGGAGUCUCCAUCCAAAGAGCCCUUACAUGGAGGGAGCCGAAGAGUAGAGAAAGAGGUCCUUCAGGUGCCAUCUGAGCAGAGCCUGCCACCUAGCACACCUCCAACCCGCUCACCUAGCAUCAGUGCCUCUUCAUCAUCAUCGUCGUCUUCAUCACCAGCCAUGGAGCCAGCUGGUGAGCUGCGCAGGGAGCCCAUGAACAUCUAUAACCUCAGCGCCAUCAUCAGAGACCAGGUGAAACACCUACAGCGGGCAGUGGACAGGUCACUGCAGCUGUCCAAACAGAGGACUGCAGCCCGGGAACUGGCUCCUCUCUUGGAUAAGGAUAAGGAAAGCUGCAUGGAGGAGAUCCUGAAGCUCAAAUCUUUACUCAGCACCAAGAGAGAGCAGAUAGCCACUCUUCGACUGGUGCUCAAGGCUAACAAACAGACAGCAGAAGUGGCUCUGGCCAACCUGAAGAGUAAGUAUGAGGCGGAGAAGUCCAUGGUGACCGACACCAUGACAAAGCUGAGGAACGAGCUAAAGGCCCUGAGGGAAGACGCCGCCACAUUCUCCUCUCUGCGAGCCAUGUUUGCUACCAGGUGUGAUGAGUAUGUGACCCAGCUGGAUGAGAUGCAGAGGCAGCUGGCUGCAGCCGAGGAUGAGAAGAAGACUCUGAACUCUCUCCUGCGGAUGGCCAUCCAGCAGAAACUGGCCCUCACCCAGCGUUUGGAGGACUUGGCCUUUGAUCAGGAGCAGUCCCAUCGCACCCGGGGGAGCAGGUUGACCCGUGGGAAAACCAGCACCCCCAAAGUAAGUCCCUCGACUUUGGCGUCAGCCUCCAGUCCUGCUCAAGGGUCCAGUCCAGCUUUGGCCCCUGGCAGUCUCCCUUCUAUCAGCCCCACACCAACUCUUCGCGAUGAUCCCUCUGACCCCCUUAGCCCAGCCACUGCGGCUCUGGCCUCAGCUACCACCUCCCCCACCUCACACGCAUCAUCUCACAGUCCGUCAUUACCAUCGGUUGCCUCGCUGAGUGGCCCUCCAAUGCCAGGGAGCCCCCCUUCUCUGCAGGCCCCCUCGCCUCCCUCAGCACAGACCCCACCCUCAACCCCUCUGAGGGUUUCUCACUCCCAGUGGACGGUGGGGGUGCGGACGUUUGUGGUCGACUCCCACAGUUUCAGCGCGAACAUCUCCCCUGCUCCCGCUCGCCCCUCAGGCCUAUCCAGGCACUGCACUCCACACACUCACACCCCUCCUCCCUCCCCACCACCAGGCCCACCCAGCCAGGAUCUGCUCCCUCCUCCCCCUAUCGGUCCCCCGUUCUGGGUCUCAGACGGUCCACGUGGAGCCCCUCACCUCGAACUCGUCCCCUGCCCAGCAUGACACGCUCUUCCGUCCUUUACACUCCCUCCUCAUCCUCCCCUUACUCCUUCCCUUACUCCCCAUCUUCUUCCCACAGCUAUUCAUCUGCCUAUUACAGCUCCUCUUCUGCUUUCACCCCCUCUAGCUCCUACCUCACCUCUGGCAC